CUCACAAUGCUUUUUGUCCAUUGGUCAACGAGAGGACUUCCGUGGAUUCUAGCGGGAGUUUGUAUCUUCCGGAAGUUACUUCGUAAGCAGACGAUAGUCGAAAUGGAAAUAAUUUUAAUUUCUUAAGUACAGUGCUGGAGAAUGAAUGUGGACAAUGUGUCUGAAAUUAAGAAAAGUCUGAAAAAGUGGGAGACAGACUUUUUCACUGUACAUGACCGUAAGCCUAAUAAGUAUGACAUUGGCAAAGCUCCUGAAGGAAUAAAAGAGCUGUAUAAGAAGUAUAAUGCCACAAAGAAAACCACACAAAAGGAUAUGCUCACAGAAUGUGCACAGGCACCGCACAAUGAUCAGCCCCAAAGUGCUGUGGCUGAAGCACACAGGGACAAUUCCAGAGCAAGGAACAUUACAGUUACCUCCACUUCCAUGACUGUAUGGGGCCCUGAACUAAACAAGCAAACAAUACAAAAGAAAUCCUCUUUGCCACAUGGAGAGAAAGGGAACAGAAAAACUGCAGGUGGAAGUAGUGUUCUGGACAAAGUUGGAGAAAAGCUUUUCCUGAAAUUUUCUUCCGCUCCUUCCACACCUUUCAAGACGAAGCAGAUUAUGCAUAGGUCACAGACUUGUGAAGCACCAAAUGAAAUUGUGUCACCUGAAUUGGCACUUGAAGAGAACAUCACAUCAUCAUAUGCUGAUUGUGAGACAUUUUGUCCACCUAAAGUAAUGACAAUCGAAGCAUUGUCAUUAGAGAAUACAAGCACCUUCACAGAGACUGAACAUGUCAAAGGUGCCUUUUGUGGAAAGACAUUUCGACUGUUGUCUGGCAAAAAAUCAACCUCCUUAAGCAUAGAGGAAACAGAUAUUCCCAAAAAAUUUUUAAAACCUAAGCUAAAGCGUAAAAUUCAUUCUGUAACAGAUGCAGACAACAUUGAUAGCUCCUUUGAACAAGAGUUUGAAUUGAAAGAUAAAAGUGAAAAUAAAUUGUGUAUACAUGAGUUAUCCAGUCCAGCAGGAAAUGAUGUCCACAAUAACACAUCUGUUCAUGAACUCAGUCCUAAAGAACUGAAGAGUCCUGGCAAAACAGAUGGAAAUACAAAAGGAUGUUCAUUUUCUCUUUUAGACAGCUUACCUAAAAAGAAAACUGAAAUGGACAAAAUGUUCAAUAACUCGGACAGUAGGCUGUUAAAGCCAUAUGAAUUUCAUGCUACAGUACCUGAAGAUACAAGAAAUAUUGGCUAUUCCAGAAAGCAGAAAGGUCUAAAAAAAAAUGUACAUCAAUCUCAUAAAAGCAUUUCACCAAAUUUCACUUUUGAUGAUUAUAUUGAUGGGUCGGCAUAUGAAUCUUUGUCGCUUGAUGUAAGUGACACUGUCAAGCAGAGCAAUACAGAUGAAACAAAUAAUGGGUCAAAAAAGAAUCCAGGAGAAAAGAAAGGAAAUUGUUCCAGAAAAAUGUCUUCUGCAGCAGGGAAAGCGACUCAGAAAAGAAAAACUCCAGAGGACACCAGUUUUGAGGAGAGAACUGAUUCUGUCAGAGACUGUUCAUCAAAUGUCACAUUACAGAAAACAGCUAAAAGAGUCAGACAAUCUAGGAAAAAAAGUGAAACAUCUUCAGCUUCUCUCUCUGAGAAUUUUGUACGUCUCAACAUGAAAGCGAAGAAAUUUGUCCGCAAAAGUUCACGCUUGACAGGUGCCCAGUGGAAGCGUAAACAGUGGAAACAAAGGAUGGCUGCUCGUAGCCAGAGCUAUGGAGAUAAGUGUUUUAGAUGUGGACAGUCUGGUCACUGGGCCAACAAGUGCCCAGGUGUCGAAGGCUCUGAGAGCUGUCAUCCCAAUGUAACAUCAAGUCCAACAUCUGUGGCAGAGUCAGAUUUUCCUUCUUUGCGACAAGCUGCUCUUAUGGCUCGAGGUAUCAGAGAUGAUGAUGGUAUGGCAGACCUAGAGAGAGCAGGGGGAGACGAGCUGCUUGCCGUGGAGGCCAUGGCUGUGAGAGAGAAACCAGACCUGCCUUUAAUCCCUCUCUCUGUCACACCACUUGCACAACAACUGUCUGAUGUAGAGGGGCUAAUUGAGAAAGGCUUGCAGAAAUUUGGCUUCACCUCAUUCAGACCAGGACAAAGGGAAACAAUCAAGCGCAUUUUGAGUGGACAGUCAACUAUGGUGAUCAUGUCAACUGGAGGUGGAAAGAGCUUGUGUUAUCAGCUGCCUGCUUGCUUGUACAGAGAACAGAUGAAGUGUGUAACUCUUGUGGUCUCUCCCCUUGUCUCACUCAUGGAAGAUCAGAUUUCUGGUUUGCCACUGGGAAUUAAAGGUGCAUGUUUGCACUCUAAUAUGACACCAACUCAGCGAGAGAGUGUGUUAGCAGAAGUCUGCGAUGGCAAGGUGGAUUUUCUCCUGGUGUCUCCAGAAGCAGUAGUAGGAGGUGGUAAAGCACAGGGCUCAUUUCCAAGCGCAGAUAAAAUGCCUCCCAUUGCAUUUGCUUGCAUUGAUGAAGUGCACUGCUUGUCUGAGUGGUCACACAAUUUUCGUCCAUCUUACCUGAGACUGUGCAAGGUUCUGCGUGAAAAAUAUGGAGUUAGCUGUUUUCUUGGAUUAACAGCCACUGCCAGAAAAUCAACUGUCAGAGAUGUUGCUCGUCAUAUUGGCAUUUCUGACCUGGAAACUGCAACAAUUCGAGGGUCUCCAGUACCGCCAAACCUCUGUCUCUCGGUCUCGAAGGAUGGCAAUAGAGAUGAGGCAUUGGUGAAUCUACUACAAGGAAAGCGUUUCUCAGAGUGUGAUUCCCUGAUCAUCUACUGUACCCGCAGAGAGCAGGUGGAACGUGUCGCUACACUGAUUCGUACUUCUCUUCAGUUAACGGGUUCGAUCCGCAGAGGCAAGGGGAGGAAGAGCAAGACCAGCGACCUGGCCUCACCGUCCGGCAAGUGGACCGUGGAAACUUACCACGCGGGGCUUACACCCCCACAGCGCCGAAGGAUCCAGAAGGACUUCAUGAGCGGCAGCGUAAACGUGGUGGUUGCCACGGUGGCCUUCGGCAUGGGGCUGGACAAGGCGGAUGUGCGGGCGAUCGUCCACUACAACAUGCCGAAGAGCUUCGAGAACUACGUGCAAGAGAUCGGCCGUGCAGGCAGAGACGGGGAAAUCUCCCACUGCCACCUGUUUCUGGAUCCACAGGGUCAUGACCUGGGAGAACUUCGCAGACACACGUUUGGCAACACUAUCGACCGCUUCGCCAUCAAGAAAUUGUUGCAAAAACUUUUCCCCAAGUGCCGUUGUGAUGAGGUGCACCUAUUAAGAGGCAAGAAAACGGAACUGUCUGGUGAACUGGGGGAGGAAGCUAGAGACGUCGCUAGGCAGAAUGUCUCUGAGAGAGUUUGUCCGGGUCACGAGAGAGCUCUCCCUAAAGCUCAAACAAUACAAGACCUGGAUAUCCGAGAAGAAGGUAUAGAGACGCUGCUGUGUUACCUGGAGCUUCAUGCACCACACAUCUUGUCCAACCUUGCACCUGUGUAUGCGACCUGUCAACUACAGUGCUAUGGAGGCCCACAACAACUUCAGGCUGUGGCCAAGAAGUGCCCGCCAGUCGGCGUUGCUAUAGCCCGCCAAAAGCUGCGAGGGGAGAGGUUCGAACGAGCCAGCAGCCUUACCUUUCCCGUUGUGGACAUCAGUGACAGCAUGGGGUGGGAUGCUGGCCCCGUCAAACGCGAGCUGAGUCGUCUGCAGUGGACCUUUGACACUGGAGGUGCGCGCAAGAGCGGUGUCCUGGUGCAGUUCUCGGACCUGGCAUUCCACAUGCGCACAUGCGGGGACCUGAGCGACGACGAGCUGGACGGACUCGUAGACUUUCUGCACGAGCGGGUGAUGCGACAGGAGCGCGCGGAGCUCGCGCAGCUGGCUUUGCUGGGCGACCGCCUGGGAAAGGUCGCCCACAAGAAUUACUGGAUGUGUGCUAAUGAGGUCGACCUGAAAAGAAGCAAUGCCUUGAAAAAAUAUUUGGAUGACUAUUUUGACGAAGCAGACGAGGAAAAGGACGGUCUUGUCAAUCUUUCUGUAGAAGAGCCAGAUGCGUGCUCGUUGGGUCAGCUGACAAGUGACAUCAGGCUCUUCAUCCAGACGUACGGCGGCGAGCAUAUACUGAGCGCGCGCUCCAUUGCGCGUGUUUUUCACGGCAUCGACAGCCCUCGCUUCCCUGCAGCUGUGUGGGGGAGAGUUCGACGAUUCUGGCGUUCUCACCUGCACGUGCACUUCCAUGUGGUGCUGAGGGAAGCCGGCACACAGCUGCUGCUCUUGAGGGAAAAAUAACCAGCGAGUCGAACAGCUGGAAGCUCUGUUUGAAGUCUAAGCAAGGUUAAGCCAUCAGGGGAAAGCUUAAUACUGGAGCCAAAAAGAAGAGAGCGGGAAGACAGUUGAUGUCAUCUACCGACAAGCUUUUGACCUGGGUUACUUCCACAACAUCCUCAUCAUCCAAACUUUCAGACUUAUCAGCAGGCCUCUGGUCUCGAGGUGUGGAUGUCGGUGAUGGUAGACUGGAGAUUAAUGAGAAUGUUUCUGCCCUCGAUCAGUGAGCGCCAGGCAAAUAGGGAAUUUUGCCAAGGAGAUGGUACUUUCAUUAAUAAUGAGAUACAUUUUAUUAAUAAAGAGAUAAACUCCA